UUCUCGAAAAAUACGGGUCGUUAGGCUGAUUAUGUGACUAAGUGUCAGUGAAGCUGUUGUGUUUACAAACCUGGUACAAUGUUUUCUUGCAAGAUUUUGAUCAUCUUUCUUCGCGUCUUGAUUUCUGUUAAAACGGAAGUGCAAACAAACACAACAAUGAUARCGACCACUACAACACCAACAGCCUCUCCAGUGAUGACAUCAGAAACUGUCUUACUAAAUUCGAACAUUUCCACAUUUCAAGUGAUGAAAACAACAACAGCAGCUAUCGAAAUAUCAACAUCCGUAGCAACAGCGGCUUCAACACAACCGACAUUAACACCAACGGUAACAGAUGCAACUUUACAAACCACAGCGAUCCAAAUAUUAAUGUCGACAUCAUCUUCAACAUCGAUAUUAUCAACUUCAGACACUGCAGUGCCUACAACAACAUUUAAAGAUAUGACAUCAUCAACAGCAGCCAUUAAAAUAGCAACGUCGAUAUCAUCUUUAACAUCGAUAUCAUCAACUUCAGCCACUCCAGUGCCAACAACAUCAUUAAAAGAUGUAGCAUCAUCAAAAGCAGCAAUUGAAACAUCAACGUCGAUAUCAACUUUAACAUCGAUAUCAUCCACUUCAGCCACUCCAGUGCCAACCUCAACAUCAAAAGAUGUAGCAUCAUCUACAGCAGCCAUUGAAACAUUAACGUCGAUAUCAACUUCAUCAUUGACAAUAUCAACUGUCACUCCUAUGCCUUCAACAACAACACCAAAAGAUGUAGCAUCAUCAAAAGCAGCCAUUGAAACAUCAACGUCGAUAUCAUCUUCAAUAUCGAUAUCAUCAACUUCAAACACUCCAGUGCCAACAACAAAAGAUGUAACAUCAUCUACACAAGCCAUUGAAACAUCAGCUUCAAAAUCCACUAUAUCAUCGUUACUUGCACCAGCACCGACAACAACAGCUAAGGAAAACGACGCAACUUCACUUACCACAGCAAUCGAAACAUCGACAUCGACACCAAGUUCAUUAUCAAUAUUAUCAGCUUCAAACACUCCAGUGCCUACAACUUCAUUAACAGAUGUAACAUCAUCAAUAGCAGCCAUUAAAACAUCAACGUCGAUAUCAACUUCAAUAUUGAUAUUAUCAAGUUCAGACACUCCAGUGGCUGCAACAACAUUAAAGGAUGUAACAUCAUCAACAGGAGGCAUUGAAACAUCAAUGGCGAUAUUCUCUUCAUCAUUGACAUUAUCAAGUUCAGACACUCCAGUGCCUACAACAACAUUAAAAGAUGUAACAUCAUCAACAGGAGGCAUUGAAACAUCAAUGGCGAUAUUCUCUUCAUCAUUGACAUUAUCAAGUUCAGACACUCCAGUGCCUACAACAACAUUAAAAGAUGUAACAUCAUCAACAGGAGGCAUUGAAACAUCAAUGGCGAUAUUCUCUUCAUCAUUGACAUUAUCAACGACCACUACAACACCAACAGCCUCUCCAGUGAUGACAUCAGAAACUGUCUUACUAAAUUCGAACAUUUCCACAUUUCAAGUGAUGAAAACAACAACAGCAGCUAUCGAAAUAUCAACAUCCGUAGCAACAGCGGCUUCAACACAACCGACAUUAACACCAACGGUAACAGAUGCAACUUUACAAACCACAGCGAUCCAAAUAUCAAUGUUGACAUCAUCUUCAACAUCGAUAUUAUCAACUUCAGACAAUGCAGUGCCUACAACAACAUUUAAAGAUCAUAUGACAUCAUCAACAUUAGCCAUUGAAAUAGCAACGUCGAUAUCAUCUUUAACAUCGAUAUCAUCAACUUCAGCCACUCCAGUGCCAACAACAUCAUUAAAAGAUGGAGCAUCAUCUACAGCAGCGAUUGAAACAUCAACGUCGAUAUCAACUUCAUCAUUGACAUUAUCAAGUUCAGACACCCCAGUGCCAACAACAACAUCAAAAGAUGUAACAUCAUCAAAAGCAGUCAUUGAAUUAUCAAUGUCGAUAUCAUCUUCAACAUUGAUAUUAUCAACUUCAGGCACUCAAGUGAUUACAGCAGCAACAUUAAAGGAUGCAACAUCAUCUACAGAAGCCAUUGAAACAUCAGCUUCAAAAUCCACAAUAUCAUCGUUACUUACACCAGCACUGACAACAACAGCUAAGGAAAACGACGCAACUUCACUUACCACAGCAAUCGAAACAUCGACAUCGAAAUCAAGUUCAUUAUCAAUAUUAUCAACUUCAAACACUCCAGUGCCUACAACAUCAUUAACAGAUGUAACAUCAUCAAUAGCAGCCAUUGAAACAUCAAAGUCGAUAUCAUCUUCAAUAUCAAUAUUAUCAACUUCAGACACCCAAGUGCCUACAACAACAACACCAAAAGAUGUAACAUCAUCUACAGCAACCAUUGAAACAUCGACAUCGAUAUCAUCUUCAGCAUCGAUAUUGUCAACUUCAGACACUCCAGUGCCUACAACAACAUUAAAGGAUGGGGCAUCAACACCAGCAGCGAUUGAAACAUCAACGUCGAUACCAUCUUCAAUAUCAAUAUUAUCAACUUCAAACACUCCAGUGCCUACUACAACAUUAAAAGAUGUGGCAUCAUCAACAGCAGCCAUUGAAACAUCAAUGUCGACAUCGUCUUUAGCAUCUUUAUUGUCAGCUUCAGACAGUCCAGUGUCUACAACAACACCAAAAGAUGUUACAUCAUCUACAGCAGCGAUUGAAGCAUCGACGUCGAUAUCAACUUUAUCCUUGACAUUAUCAAGUUCAGACACUACAGUGGCUGCAACAUCAUUCAAGAAUGCGACAUCAUCAACAGCCGCCAUUGAAACAUCGACAUCGAUAUCAUCUUCAGCAUCGAUAUUGUCAACUUCAGACACUCCAGUGCCUACAACAACAUUAAAAUUUGUGGCAUCAACACCAGCAGCGAUCGAAACAUCAACGUCGAUAUCAUCUUCAAUAUCGAUAUCAUCAACUUCA